AAUGAAUGUACAUUUUAACGGGACCGUAGUAACCCGGUAGUUAUUACAUUUUGAAGCGCGUACUAGUAGACCCGGAAGUAGUCCGAUCCACACGAGUAUUGAUUGCAGAUCGUUGCGGGUACGAAGGCACCCGGUGAAAACGAGCGGCACAAGAUCUAAGGAGACUAUUUUCAUAAAUCAGCAACCAUGAGUCUCUUAACAAAGCCCAAGUCCGAGAUGACCCCUGAAGAGCUCCAGAAACGAGAGGAAGAGGAGUUCAACACCGGUCCUCUGUCGGUGCUCACACAGUCCGUCAAGAACAACACUCAGGUUCUCAUUAACUGUCGCAACAACAAGAAGCUGCUCGGAAGAGUCAAGGCUUUUGACAGGCACUGCAACAUGGUCUUGGAGAAUGUGAAGGAGAUGUGGACGGAAGUUCCCAAGAGCGGGAAGGGAAAGAAGAAGUCUAAGCCAGUGAAUAAGGACCGCUACAUUUCUAAAAUGUUUCUGAGGGGAGACUCUGUUAUCAUCGUGCUGAGAAAUCCUCUGAUCACAGGAAAAUGAACUCUUUAUAGGCGUCUAGCUGAAUAGGUCGGAGAGCCUUUUUUUGUUGAUUGAUUGGAAGGUGGACUGUCAUUAAUCCACACCUCUUUGUCUUGUUGCUGUUUUGUCGUUGGAUCACUGCAGUCACUAUUGGGAAACAUACAUAGUGU